UAUUGUCAGGUAUUGGUGGCUUUGAGUGAAUUAGGACAAGAGAAGAUGAAACAUCCAGAGUUAUACCCAAUGAUGGACACAGCAGACGACUGCUCCAAUAUUCUACUGCUGUCUCUGGGUUGUGGAGUUCAACCACCGGUCUCUGCGCCGGGAUGGACGGUUAGCACAGUAAAUAAAUUUAGUCAAAUGGGAUGGAUGAUUCAACUUGAGACUAAAAGAUCCCCUAUAUUAGAAAGUAUCGGUGCUGCAUCAACAGACAUAGUGGAUUAUUACGCUUAUAGUGUCUUUAAAGCUCGUAACACUGAGCGCAAUUACCUUCGAGUUCAGACGGAUGCUCUGACCCCAGAUAUGGAUAAGAUGGACAAUGCAGACCCGGUUAACUUGCAGAAUCUGGUGGAUAUUGCGAAUAAGAUGAUAGAUGGAAACGUUAAAAAGAUCAAUCCAGUAACUUUCGAACUCGAACCUAUGGAUGAUACUACUACGUAUAAACAAGAGCUUAUAUGGUAAUUAACUAUAUAUA